AUGCCGCGGACAUAUCUGGGAGUCUCGGGCAACGCCCUGAGCAUUCUUCAGCUCUUUCUCAUCGUCGCUCCGGCCUUCAUCCUGUUUGGCUACAACCAAGCCAACAUCGGUGGAUAUUUGGAAGAAUCGGACUGGGUGAAGACUUUCCCAGAGAUCGAUACUGUGAACUCGACCGGCUCUGAGAAGAGCAGGAAAUCUACCCUUCAGGGAUUCGUCGUUGCUACAUUCACCAUCGGUGCUCUCGUCGGCUCCCUGUCCUGCUCCUACACAGGUGACAAGUUCGGACGUCGAAAUGUCAUCUUCGCUGGCGGUCUGGCCACUCUGAUUGGCGAAGUUCUUCAGGGUUCGGCUUUCUCGCUCGCCCAAUUCAUCGUCGGCAGAGUUCUUAUCGGCUUCGGUGUUGGAUGUCUCAGUUCAAUUGUCCCUGUGUGGCAGAGUGAAACCUCCGGCGCCAAGAACAGAGGAAAGCAUGUUGUCCUCGACGGCCUCUUCAUCUGCGUUGGCUACACUUUGGAGUCUUGGAUCAACCUCGGAUUUUUCGAAUUCGUUGACGGCAUGAUUACAUGGAGACCUCCUAUCUGCUUGGCCAUCAUCUUCUCCCUGAUGCUCUGCUUCUCCGUCUACUUCUUCCCCGAGAGCCCUCGCUGGCUCGUGAUGAAGGGGCGAUCCGAACAGGCUCGAUCUAUCGUAGCUUCGUUCCGAGGCCAUGAAGAGGAUGCCGUCGAAGUCGUCGCUGAGGUUUCCGGUAUUGAACACUCGCUGGAGGAGACCAAGGUCAGCGGAUCCAAGCUUACGGAUAUGAUGACCAUGGGCAAGGACAAGCUGCUGUACAGAUUUGCUCUGUGCAUCCUGUUGCAAUUCUAUCAGCAAAUGUCUGGUUCCAACCUCAUCUCAGUCUACGUCCCCAUUCUUUUCAAGAAGAAUAUUGGUCUGUCAGCCGAGCUGUCCAAGAUACUCGCUGCUGGCGCCAUGACCUGGAAGUUUUUGUCUUCUUUCAUCGCUUUUGUCGCUAUCGACCGAUUCGGACGACGGGCUGUCUUCAUGAUCAGUGGUGUUGGCAUGUGCUGUUGCAUGACUGCCCUGGCAAUCACCACUUCGAUGGAUAAAGAAAACAAGCCUGCGAUGAUCAUAGCUGGGUGCUUCAUCUACCUUUUCAACACAUUCGUUCCCAUCGGAUUCCUUGGUGCCAACUUCCUUUACUGCACUGAGGUUGCACCCCUGCGCUUGCGUAUGGCCAUGUCUUCCAUUUCCACGGCGAACCAUUGGCUUUGGAAUUUCGUUGUGGUUAUGAUCACACCCGUUGCGAUCGAUACCAUCUCCUGGAGGUACUUCAUUGUCUUCGCCGCGGUUGGAGCCUGCAUCCCUCUUUCAGUCUACUUCUUCUUCCCAGAGACUAUGGGACGUUCCCUUGAGGAGAUUGAGACUCUCUUCACUGAGGCUCCUUCCGCCAUGGCCACUGUCAAGCUUGCCAAGCAGCCUCCAGUGCCCGUGAUUCCCGUCGAAGCAAAGAAGAUGGAACAAGCCGUGCAUCACGAGGAGCCUUGA